AGGGCCAAAGUCCGUACGGAAACCACAACAAUCUGGAGGUAGACUUUGCGGAGAUCCCCUGGCAGGCGAUGGUGCUGCUGCAGUCCAACAAAAGUCUGCUCUGCGGUGGUGUUAUCUCCAGGCCUGACGUUGUAUUGACAUCUGCUUCUUGUGUUGAUGGAUUGGACGCCAAGAACGUUCUUGUCAAAGGCGGCGAAUGGAAGCUUGGAAUCGACGACGAACCUCUGCCUUUCCAGAUCGUGCAAGUGAAAACGAUCAUUUUCCAUCCAGGAUACAAAUCUGGAAGUCUCAAAGAUGAUGUAGCUAUUCUUUACCUCAGUGAAAACUUGCGUCUAGCGAACAACAUUCAACCGAUAUGCUUGCCCGAUUCUAAAGAAUCCACCAAUGCUUUCUACAAUGGCGGUGGAGAAUGUAUCGUGACUGGAUGGGGCAAAGUAGUAUUGCAAGCUCACCUGGCUGGCAGCAUCAUGCACAGCGUGAAUGUGUCACUAAUCCAGCCUGAUCAGUGCGAGAGCAGAUUACAACAGGACUACCCACACUUGCUGGACAACUACGACCGUGACAGCUGCGCCUGCGGACAGCCCACUAACCCAUUGAACAACAUCUGCAAGGUGGACAUUGGCAGUGCCCUCGCCUGCACGAACGGCGAUGGUCACUACGUGAUGCAUGGUAUCUACUCCUGGGACUCAGGUUGUCAAACUGGCAAUCAAUUGGCUGCAUUCUACAAAUUUGACAUUGAAUGGUACGAGUGGGCCAUUGGACUAACAGAGAGCGUUCGCUACACACAGUACGGCGUCGGUACCAAGGUCACACAGACUAAGUACACAGUGACCUCAGGCACGAAGGACACCCAGUACACCACCGGAGUUAAGGGAACCAUCACUAAAGGCAGCAAUGGCUACGGCAUCAUCGGACAAGGACAAACCACGCAAAAUGGUGUCGAACAAGGAGCUAAAGGUCAAGCAGAAAUCGGUGCAGGACAAUUCGGUUCCAGUCAAGCUCAAUUCAGUACCGGCCAAACACAAUUUGGCAUUAGCAAGACUCAAUUCGGCAUUGGCCAAACUCAACUUGGCGGCGGUAAAACUCAAUUCGGCAUCGGUCAGACACAAUUCGGUGGCGGCCAAGUCGGCGUAAAUCACAAGGAAGUCAGCGCAGAAGAAUUCGCCAAGCUAUUCGGGCAGGGUCAAUUGACUACCAACUUUAGUCAGUUCGGCGCUGGCCAGGGAUCACUUAGCCACUUCGGCAAAUUUGACGAGGGCUCCACUGACUUCACGUCUGGAAGCUUGAACCUCGGCACCGACAUUAAGGGACCAAUUUCAAACACCUUCAGCGCAACAUACUCAGAGAAGAAGUUUUACCAAACUGAACCGAAAAUUUACACAUACACGACGAAACCCGAAAUCGUUACCUACACGACUAAGCCAGAAAUCGUCACCUUUACGACCAAACCCGAAAUCUUCACUUACACGACUAAACCCAAAAUAGUCACGUAUACGACCAAACCUAAAAUUUUUACUUACACGACCAAACCUAAGAUCGUAACUUAUACGACCAAACCUCAAAUCAUCACUUACGAGACAUCCGGCAGUGGUACAAACCCACAGUACAUCGCUCCAGGGGUUACUUUCAACCCAUCUUUCUCCGAAGUAGUUGGCCUGCAGCACAAACACAACGCCGAAUGCAAAUGCUUAGAAAACGGCAAAAAAUAAAACAACCAAAUUAAAUCUCCUUGUAAAAUAUUGGUAACAAAAUGGACUUCACGUGCCAUAUAAAAAAAAACUUCUUAUAUUUGAAAACAAUUAAAAUAUACAUCGGCAAAAAACAGUACAAAUUUCACCCCAGUUCCUAAAAAAGUUACCAUAUUUUUAAUGCUGGUCACACUAAAUUCGGAAUCUGUGAG